AUGUUUCAUAAAUUUCACUACACUAAGAAAUAUGAUGUGGCCUCUGCAGAGAGUUUUUUCCGGACCCGGACCCUGGAGAUACGUAAUGAAAGUCUUCCAGAUUUAAGUAAAAGUUGUGAUUUUGAUACUCCAGGCAGAAGUCAUAUGUUCUUCAAGAAAAUGUUCAAUUUUAGUGGAAGAUUUUUGAAAUUAAAGAUGGUUGUUAUUAUCGAUACAGUGACAUUGGAAAUUGAAUUGAUCCCCAUUUCACAGGAAUAUGACAGAUUACUAUUUACUGAUUACAUGAACAAUGGUACUGUGAUAAUUGAAGUUCAGUGUGAUUAUGUGCCCCUAGCUAGCUAG